AUGGAGAAGAUGGAGAUUGACAGUCAGACACAUUACUAUGCGCCAAGAGGGAGAGCAGAAUAUGUGAUUCACACUGUGGGCCCAGUGGCGAGAGGCCACGUCGGCAAAUCCCAGCGAGAAUUACUGACAGACUGCUAUCAAAACUCCCUGAAGCUGAUGAAGGAGCACGGCUUGCGUUCUGUGGCCUUCCCGUGUAUAUCUACUGGCAUUUACGGUUUUCCAAAUGAGCCUGCUGCUGAAAUCGCCCUCAAGACUGUCAAGAGCUGGAUCAAGAAGAACAGCAAUGAGGUUGAUCGUGUCAUAUUUUGUGUGUUCCUGGAGACUGACUACAAGAUCUACAAAGAAAAGAUGUCUCGUUUCUUCUCCCAAGACAAUGAUGUUAAUGAUGAGGGAACUGAGGGACAGACAGAGGAAGGUAAAAAGGAGACAUCCACUUCUAAGAAACCCAAGAGUAAGAAGCAGAGUAAAGGAGAAGAGGACCGUGAAGAGGACGAUGAGAACAAAGAGGACUCCAAAGACAUCAACAUGGAAAGUCAGCCAGAAGAGGAUGACAAACCUGACGAUCUGAAUGUGGAAAUGGAGAGUCAGAAUUUAGAUAAUGAUGGCUUGGAAUUGGAGGAAACCAAAGAAAAGAAAGAAGUGAAAGAUAAAGAGCCCUCUCCAGACUUGAGCAGGAAAGAGGAGAGCCCUGUCACAGGGGACAGACAGUCUGAGGAGGUGGAGAGUGCAGAGGACUGUGCAGAAAACAAGAAUGACUCGAGUAAGGAUGGAGCGAAGACUCAAUUAACGCAGAUGGCCACAGCAGGGGCAGCCAAGUGUCUGGAUAAAGACCCAGCAGACACAGACAUCUCUGCGGAGGAGGCAGGAUCAGGAGAGCCAAUGGAAAGUGAGGAUGUGGCCGGAGGGGAUUUCAUUCCAAAAACCAAGGUCUGCGAAACGGAGGCUGAGUCCAGCGCAGGAGAAGUCGAAAUGAAAACUCAGAGUGAGGACUCCCAAGUACCUGAAUUAAGUCAAGAAGACAGCAAUCAGCCCAAAGAUGGUGCAGGGAACCUGGAGGACCCUUGAGACGGGAGGGGGGGAGAAGACAAUCAUCCUCACUGGCGGAGAUGGCCGACUGUGUGAAGGCACACAUUACACCAAUAUUGUACACACAGGGAGGAACGAGAUGAGCUAUGGAGUAGAGUACUAAUCCAUUAACUUUAAUGCCUCAUGAUUUUCUUUUCUUUUUACUAAUCACACUCUCUCAUAAGACAAUAUAAAUGAACUAUAUACAUAUGUUAAUGAAAAUAGACUAAUGAAAAAAAAAACAUAUCAGAGGUUUCAUGAGUCAGAGUGUAGAGUACUGCAUCCCAUACUGAGUGCUGGCUCGCAGUUGGAAUGAGAUUUGAUUGAAUGUCCUUGGGGCGAGACGAUAACAGUCCAUCUGGAAGUGGGUAUCACAGCAAUUCUGUUGCUUGGUGAUUCUGGGGGUCUGUGGAAGCCAAACCCACUCGUCAUCCACAUCUUGAUCUUGUUUAGUGUUGAAGGUUGAGCGCGUUUACCACAUCCAGAGCCCAGCAUAGAACACAAAUACUCUACAGCACAGGUGACAGCCUAUGCCAUUUCUAUCUCGAUGAAUUGUAAAACCAUAGAGAUGACCUGGUGAUUUUAUGAUUUAUUUUUGAGGAUCAAAGGCAGGAGGGUGGGUGACUAUUACAUGCUUUUUUUUUUUGUCUUUUUUUUUUUUUACUGAAACGUUGGGACCUGGGAGAAAAACAACACACACUAAAUAUCUGUGAUUCUGUCUUCUUUUUUUAUUGGCCGUUGUCAUUGUAGAUGCAGAGCUUUGCUGCUUCAGCUCACUCACCAAUAGGCUCAGUGGGGCCCGUGUUUGUAAUGAAGCCUGCUUCAAAAUGACAAUACAUCUGAAACUUGCUUUCAUCUUUCAAAAGUGCAUUGAUUAGUUUUGAUCUGCAUCGCGGCGACGUCUUCAGUGGAGCUUAUUAAGAGAACAUGCUCACUGUUUGGGAAAGACAGUUACAUUUAGACUUAUGUGUAUGUUAGCAGAUGAACUAUUUUUAAUAUGUAUUUCCGGUGCAUGCCAGCUUUGCUUUGAACUUCAGAGGUAACAUUUACUCUCAUUUUGUCUUCUCUUUUAACCAGAUUGUCUCUAUUUACAUUUGAAUCUGCCUUAUUCGACAUCUUACAACAUGCUCAUACAAAAAAGUAAUUCAGAGAAGGUGGUGUAAGUGCAAAUACUUAGAAGUGCGUUGCUUGCAAAUAAGUUGUAAUCAUUGUGAUGGCCAAUGCCUCUUUUGUUUUGUUUUUUUUUAUUGUAAGCAAUGACAAAUUGGUUAUUUUCUUUUUUCCCAAAGGUUUAUUGGUUCCUUUCAUCUGUGCCAUAUGUCAGAUUUUACUCAAAG